AUGGCAUCUUUUGGUGUUGCAUCCCUUUUUACUUCUAUUCCCCAGGACCUGGCCAUCGAGACAAUCGAGCUGCUUCUACAAAACAAAUACGAUGAAAGGGAGAAUCGUCUUGGACGCGCCCAAGUCCUUCAGCUCCUCAAGUUCUGUCUCAGGACGUACUUCACGUUCGACGGGACAAUCUACGAACAGGUGAAGGGCACACCAAUCGGUUUGCCGAUUUCGGGGUUCAUCGCCGACACAGUCCUGCAACGGUUUGAGUCGCUGGUCUUCCAACACUACAAACCGAAGUUUUCCGCCCGGUAUGUGGAUGAUACCUUCGUCGUUAUCGAUUGGGACCAACUGCUGACAUUCAAGGAACGUCUGAAUGCGGUCUUCCCGGACAUACAAUUUACGAUGGAGGAGGAAGAGAACAACCAGCUGGCCUUCCUGUAUGUCCUCGUAUGUCGCAAGGAUUGUGGUAGGCUAAAGAUCAAAGUGUUCAGGAAAGCGACAAAUACGAUGCCAGUACUGAACUUAAACAACAACCACCCAAUCAGCCACAAACGCAGCUGUGUAAGGACUCUCUAUUGGCGUGUCGGAACGCACUGCAGUGAGCCGGAAGACAAGAUUGCCGAACUACAAUACCUCCGACGGGUCUUCAAAGCCAAUGGCUACCCGCGCAACCUUGUCAACCGGUGCAUACGCAAAAGGGACGAAAGGCCUAACCGCACGGACACCAAAGUUUGGUGAGCGCUUCCAUAUGUCAAGAACGUUUCGGAAGCUGUUGGCCGCCUUCCCGCACCACAGACCGGAGGCAACAAUCAGACGUCAGUUAAUGAAACCGAAAGACCCACUGCCACGGCAAGAAACGUCUGGAGUCGUUUAUCGGAUCUGGUGCAGUUGCGGACAAAGCAACUACGUCGGAGAAACCGGAAGACAACUCCAAACGCGAAUGGCCGAACACGCUGCAGCGGUGCUGAGAAAUGACGUCAGCUCUCAAGUUGCGGCUCAUUCGACGGGUUCCGGUCACACAUUCAAAUUUGACGAGGCCGAAAUUCCCGCUAGAGGUGACAACCGCGUGAGCCGGGAGCUGCUUGAGUCAUGGUUUACUGGUCCCCAGUCUAUUAACAAAUGCAAUGAUCUUCCCAUUCAAUACUCCGUGCUGAGACUUCGCCUAGGCGGAGUAAUUAGCCACGCGGGGAGCGCACAGGUGAACACUCUUCCCAACGCCCGGGUCGGCGCGUCAGAUGGUCGAGCAAUCAUCACACCAACAUCCAACGCACGUGAUGAAAUUGAAGCAAUUAACGAUGCGAAUGUCGGCCAUCACGCCACGUGCAACGAUCCCUGA